AUGACCAAGGCCAAGAAGAUAAAGGUUAUGCACAAGACUCCUUUGUGGGCCAAAGCUAUUACCCCAGACCUUUUUAAAGGCUUAAAUAUUCACUCUGAUGGCUCAGAGCUUAUCACCCGCAAUCGCCCUGCGCCUAAUGGGUCUUCUCAUGAGCUUAAGCAAAAGCUGGAUCGUGAGACCCUUCGAAAAGCUGAACAUGAUAUGGAGAGAUCGCUUCUGAAAGAAAUCUCUCGGGCUAUAGAUAAUCAAAACCAACAAACCUACAAUGAGAUCGGACAUCCGCCUUCACUCAGUUUGAAGCCGAGCUACAAAGUUGCCCCCCUUUCGCAUACUAUCUUUCGCCAGGUUGGUGUCAGACUGGAAUGCAGAACGUCCGGCCAAUCCAAUGUCGAAAGCACUUUCGAGAAGCUCUUAAAGAUGGUCCGAAAAGAGAUGGUGAAUCUGCUUGAAGCCAAACGACUCUUGGACAAAAAGCUGGAGAAGCUUACCAACAUUAUUCACCCUUCGCUAAGUGAAAGCAUGCACAAACUUAGAAAUCACAUGUCUGCAGUCGAAGGGCCUACACAAGUCUCCAUACAGAAUGGAUGGACAAGCAUUUUCCCUUGUUACGGGAUUGCUGUUAAUCGUGUUACUGGAAUACACCGAGACCAGAGGGGCAUCAGAGGGGGACUCGACAUUAUAGGGGUUUUAGGCAGUUUCACUGAAGGGGCGAUUUGGAUCUUCCGGAUUUAA